CAGAAUGAAUGGGAGGUGAUGAUACUUCGAGAGUGAGAGGAAUCGAGAAAGAAAGAGAAAGUCAGCCGGGCUUGAGGUGUUGCGGCUAACGCUCUUCUUGACGAGGGCACUAGCAUUGCGAAUGCUGCGUUGAUGGUUAAGUGUUGUAACACAAGAUCUACGCAUUGUAACUUCGACCAAAUCAUCUAUGAUACAUUGAACUUUGACAAGUGCUUAAUUGCCGAUACUUUUCAUUCAGACUGACUAUACCCAAAGCACACUGGAAGGUUUUGGAUAAGUGACAAUACCUUGGCAGGUAAUAAAAUGUGAAUCGUUUAGCAUUAACUUAUAUUUGCAACAUCCAGGCUAAAAUAACCUUAUUAUUACACCCCUGUGUAUGUGUAAAUGGAAAACAGGUUCAGUGAUCCUUUUAUUUCAAGACUUACAAGAAAUGACAUGCUUGGAUUGCUACUUGUGUUGGAAUAGUAGGAAUAAACCUAGCAAG